AUGGAAAGCCCACGCGAUCUAUUCUCGACGACGUGCGCAGGCGUGAAAAGUGUUGCCAAAGAGUCGGCGCCGCCCCUCGGACGGGUCGGCGACUUUCUCGGCCCUUUCAGUCUUCGUCGACGAUCGGCGGCUUGUCGUUCGACGGUCCAUAAUCCGAUUUUGGCUGCCGUCGUCGCCCAGAUGAUGCCAUCCAAGCCGUACAAUGGCUUCCGCCUUUUGUGCCCUCCGCCGCUUUUCCAAUUUCACUUUUUCAACCCCUUCUAA